CACCCAGAUCCUGACAGAAACGAACAUUUUUAACACUUUUUAUGUUUCGGGACAAACAGAUGUUUGAGCAGGAAUACAAUAGAAGGGCGGGGUUUAUUUGUUAUAAUGUCUCUUCCAUUGGUUGGCUCUAGACCAAUCAAAUAGCUGCUUUUCACACAAUAUAUAGUGAAGCCUGCAACAUUUAUUCAACUCCUCUGGACACACAGCAGAGUCUCCUGCAGGUGAGAAACAACUUCCUGUUUUUUAUUUUUCUAGAGCGUCUUCAGAACCAGAAUAACUGAUUUCCAACAAACUGAAUCAAAAGGAUAAAUUACAUCCUGAGGCAGAUUAUCUCACUUAUAACAUGAGGAAAAUGGAAAAACUACGUGCAGACGCAUCAAUUAAUUGCAACAAAAACUCGACUUCCACGAAUCCUGCAACAUACUGAGAAUUACUGCUCCACUAAAACUAACAAACAAAAGAAGUCCAAGGCAGAAAAAACAAACCCGCCCUCGUUGAGACAGCCACCAUGAAAAUCGCAGCGUUUAACAUUCAGAAGUUUGGACAGAAAAAAGUGUCGGACCCCAGCAUUCUGAAUUACCUGGUUCAGAUUAUUUCCCGUUAUGACAUCAUUGUGAUCCUGGAGGUUCUGAACGAGGAAGCAGUGGAUGCUCUGAUGAAAGCUCUCAACAAGGAACAUCACUAUGAGAAGGAAAUCAGCGUUCGCCUGGGCAGAACUGGCUACAAGGAGCAGUUCCUGUUCCUGUACAGGCCCGAUCUGGUUACACUGAAAGGCUCGUACCAGUAUGACGAUGAGAAGACUCAUGGACAGGACGACAUUAACAGAGAUCCGUACGUCCUCCGAUUCGGUUCCCCGUACACAGUUCUGGAAGAUCUGGUGAUGAUCCCAGUUCACAUCACACCAAAGGGCGCGGAGAAGGAGCUGGAUAAACUCUACGACCUCGUCCAACACAUUCAGGAGAUGUGGAAGACUGACAACGUGAUGAUCCUGGGCGACUUCAACGCCGACGGCUCGUAUGUUUCAAAGAAGGAAAUGAAAACCAUCCGAAUCCGCAGCAACUCGAACUUCCACUGGCUGAUCGGAGACGAUGUGGACACAACGGCGAGCACCAAAAACACCAACUCAUACGACAGGAUUGUUGUUUACGGAGAGAAAAUGCUUCAGGCUGUUGUUAAAGAUUCUGCUAAGGCCUUCAACUUCCAGGAGGAAUACAAUCUCUCCAACGAACAGGCUCUGGACAUAAGCGACCAUUAUCCAGUGGAGGUGGAGCUGCUCAGAAAAACACAUGGUGCUGAUGGUCUGAAAGAGAAGGUGGAAAAGCUCAGCAUUAACGAAAAGAAACCAAAAGCUGAAAAGAAAACAUCUGCUACAGGAAAGGGCAAAGGUAAAGCUGGACAAUGAAGACGCAGCUCCACCGAAAGAGGCCGGAUUGACCGGAGAAACUCUUGACCGUAACACCGGCUACCUCAGAGACUGCUUUGACAUGAGGGGCCAUUUUGAAAAGUAUCAUAGAGAACAGUAUGUAAGAGCAAUAACAAUAAGUUUAGCACAACUUGGCGCAACACCGGCAAAGUUUUUCACACAUUUGUAAUUGAGCUACUGAGGAAGGAAUGAAGGGCUAAUUCAGCAAAUGUCUGACAUUUUCACUGAGAGACGUACUCUCUGUGUUGCCAGUAGUUUAGACAUUAAGGGUCAGGUCACUUUAGGGGCGAAAACAAAUGUACACUCGUACACAAGCUGACUGCUUUACGUUCUACCCAAAUGUCAUACAUUCAGGAUUAUCCAAUAACCAAAAUUAAUAAAAUGUUUAUAUUAA